CGCGGUGAAGGCUGAGCCGAAGCGGGAAGCGAGUGUGGCUUGCUGCGGUGAGAACUGGGGCGCGGCCCAGGCUCGUUGAAGGCUGCUGCGACCUGACGCUCGCGGGUGUUGGGCGGGACAAUGGUGGUGUCGAGCGAAGCGAGUUCGGGCUUUUCUCGGAUCUAUGGCUGCUGAAAUGGAUUUAAGAGUGAGGUUGGCUGGUUUGCGGGGUGACGAAAAAGAUCGUUCGAAUCCAAUUGUUUACCCUCCGAGAAACGGUGCGUCGGAAUUAAUCAGCGUUUGGCUUAUGUUUAAAUACGAUCCAAUUCCCGAUUGGAGGAAUUGUUUUGCAUCCGAAUGAUAAGAGCAUGGAAGUGACGCCAGUGGAAGAGAGUGUGUGGCUGGUUGAGCUGAGAGCAGCGGCCGCGACGAAGCCAGGAGCACGGCGGCCGUGUCUGGGGGAAAAAUACCGAUCCUGGGGCCGGCAGAUUGGCCGGAGGAUCCGAAAAGAUCCCCAGCAUGGGUCUCGUUGUUUGGACGGAAAAAAGUCGGGUGAAGUAAUAGCAAAAGGUGCAGACCGGAUGCUGAUUAGCCGUCAAAAGAAAGGAGCUCCUUCCAUCGGACUCAAGAAAGCCAUCAUCAACUUUUUUGGGGAGGAAGAGGAGUUAACAGAACAAAUGGAGCUAGCAAUGGAAAAGUGGAAAGAUGAGCAAGAGGAAGCGGCAGAACAAAUGGGGUUAGCAUUUGAGUUAGCGAUGGAAAAAGCGAAAGAUGAGCAAGAGGAGUGGGAACAACAAACGGAGUUGGCACUGGAAAAGUGGAAAGAUGAGCAAGAGGAAGCGGCAGAACAAAUGGGGUUAGCAUUGGAGUUAGCGAUGGAAAAAGCGAAAGAUGAGCAAGAGGAGUGGGAACAACAAACGGAGUUGGCACUGGAAAAGUGGAAAGAUGAGCAAGAGGAAGCGGCAGAACAAAUGGGGUUAGCAUUGGAGUUAGCGAUGGAAAAAGCGAAAGAUGAGCAAGAGGAGUGGGAACAACAAACGGAGUUGGCACUGGAAAAGUGGAAAGAUGAGCAAGAGGAAGCGGCAGAAAUGGAGUUGGAGGUGUAAAGGGCAUUAGCAAAACAACCAAGAGGAAGAUGAGUUGGUGGAGGAAACAGAAGUAACCUGUUGAACACGAUGCGGAGGAGGAGGCUUCUCAAGAUGAGAUGUAGGAGAACGAGUGACUUUCUAUUUCCUCAUCCUAAUCAGCAUUAGUCUUUCUUCAUCUGUCUUUCCUUCGUAUAGCUCAAUUUGUCUUUGUGAUGACCAUGACUAUUUUAGCAAUCUCCUUUGCCACAUUAAAACAUGCAUGAUUUUCA